AUGGUCAAUUUUCCCUCCAUCGCCGUAGGCCUCGCCGUCGCUGCUACGGCAGCUGCCGCAGCUGACACCCCAACGCUCAAUACCUGGCCUCAAUACAACCACGGCGGCUGGUACAACCACACGGAUGGCGACGUCACCACCUACGGCGCUCCCGAAAUCACCUCUCUCUCAGGCACGCCCCACGCCAGAUUCUCCUUCCUUUUCAACCGCGUCGAUCCCCCCUACGCUGGCCUCUACGUCCAGUCCUCGACCGCGGACUUCAUCACCGACUACGAGGUCGAAGGCUACGGCUGGGGCAAACCCACCGUCACUGGCAAGGUGUGCGGCGCCCAGGGCAACUUCACCUUUGUGCAGCUGUUCGGCCCCGACGGCCUGCCCAAUACAAUGGCCACCGACACCAUGUUCAUCAACGUCUACGCUGCCAAGAACAAUGCUUCGCGGGCCGUCAUCAACGAGGUCUGGCCCGUCUGGGUUGGAGACGAUAUCUUUGACCCGGAAAACACAACUCCCUGCCCGGCUCCUGCCGCCAAGACUAAGAGGUGGACUGCUUGA